AUGAUGGACGCUGGGGAGCAGUAUGCUCUUUCGGAGCUCCGGCACCUGAUAUCUGAGCCCUUCACCAGCAACCGGAGCUUGCCACUCCCGCAGCAGCCCCUUUACGAGCUCUUCCAGCUGCGUACCGACGACGGCGAACAGAUGGAGGAGGUGGUGCUGUCGCCGCCCCCAAACCCGACUGCCGAAAGCCCUCCUCUUCACCCACCUCCCCCGCCUCUGCAGAAGCAGGAUGGAAUGGACUUCUUCCCCGGCCUCAGGGAUGAGGGUGACAGCGGUUUUGGCACGGCGUCGGCCACUGGAGGCGGCGGCGUCAGCGGAUGCUCCCAGGGCAGGUGGCCGAGGCAGGAGACGCUGACCCUUCUUGAGAUCAGGUCAAGGCUAGACUUCAAGUUCAAGGAGGCCCCCGAAAAGGCUCCCGUCUGGGAGGAGGUCUCCAGGUAUUCCCAAUUACGACUACGAAUCAAGCAACACGAAUUUUCAAAAAAGAAAUAACCUUGUCGUCUUGAUCAUAUUUGCGUAACUCUCUCUACUGUUUCCCUGUUAACCCUUUCCAUCCAUCUUCUCCAGCCGUCUGUAGCAGAAAAGCCUCAUCGCUGCCAUCAGUCUUUUUCCUUCCUCUCUCUCUCUCCGCCCCCCCCCGCCCCUCUUACCCCUCAACCCACACACACAGUCACACAGUCUUUCCAUCCCCCUCUCUUUCUUCUUUCUCCGUCCUUUAGCGGUUCUGACACAGGAAAGAGACAACACCUGAGAUUUGGCCAAGAGAAAUCUGGCAGCAUUUCCGGUGACGUGUUUAGCUUCAUCCCCGCCUUCCUCAGCGCUUCCCUCUUCAACGGGCUCUCGCUUGCACCUAUGCCGCGCUUCUCUCCUCUUCAUUGCUCUGCGUAUUUCUUAAUGAGGCAGACAGUCACAUGAAGAUGCAGGUUUGGUUGGCUUUCCUUCGUUCGGUGCUGGAGGAAAUGGCAGUCCCGGCCUCCCAUUGAAUUCUUCCUCAGAUUAAUUCUCUUUUCGCAAUGGAAAGCUAUCAAGGAGCAGCACUACGUGCACUCAGGCGGAUCUUCUUUGAGAAGCAAGCCGUUUUCAAGGAUUGUUAGGGAAUUCUAUGGCGGUCGAGCCAUCACCGUUUUGGAUUAGUUACACCAGUGUAGGAGAAAGAAACCCUCAUGAUAACAUGGUCUACUUAACGAUGAAGCAAAUUAGACUGCUUUUCAUUUUGCAGAAUCCGCACUAUUUCAUUCCUCUUUUUUGGCAGGAUCAUGGCGGAGGAGCACGGGUACCAGAGGACCGGGAAGAAAUGCAGGGAGAAGCUAGAGAACUUGUACAAGUACUACAAGAAGACGAAGGAGGGGAAGGCGGGCAGGCAUGACGGCAAGCACUACAGGUUCUUCCGGCAGCUUGAGGCCCUAUAUGGAGACGGCACCAACAAUCCGAUCGCAGAUUCCACCAACGUCGCUGAUUACUCCGUCUUUCAUAUGCUUACUGGUGACUCUUCUUUGGCCCCAUCAAGCCAGGAAACUUUCCGGGCUCAAAAAGUCUACGAAAACGUCAGCUUGUCGAAUUCAUCCGACUUCGACAGCUGGUCUUCUGAGGACGACGCUAACGUCACCGCCAUGGCAAGCAGUGAUCGACAGAAUGGUGAUAGGAAAGAUGGUCGGGGAUCUAAGAGGGGGAGGAAGAGCUGGAGGGCGAAGAUGAGAGAAUUUGUGGACCAGCAGCUGGAGCGAUUCAUGGCGGUGCAGGAGGCUUGGUUGGAGAAGAUGCUGACGACCCUGGAAAUGAAGGAGAAGGAGAGAAUAUCCAGAGAGGAAGAACGCAGGAAGCGGGAAGCCGCUAGCUUGGAGGAAGAGCACAAGCUCUGGGCGAAAGAGCGGGCCUGGAUCGAGGCCCGGGAUUCUGCCCUCAUUGAGGCCCUGGAGAGGCUCAGUGGUUGGGAGCAGAAGCCCCCUUCGCCGGAUGACCUGGUCUCCAUGGACGCCGUCGAGGACAGUGACUGCCGGAAUGAGCAAGAUUGCGAUACACGAAGAUGGCCGGAUCAGGAAGUCACGUGCCUAAUUCAGCUCCGGACCGCCAUGGAAGGGAGGUUCCAAGGAGCGUGCCCGAAGAGCACCCUCUGGGAAGAGAUUUCCGCGAAGAUGGCGACCUCGGGCUACAACCGCAGCGCGAAGCGGUGCAAGGAGAAGUGGGAGAAUAUCAACAAGUACUUCAGGAAGACCAAGAAAUGCAACAAGAAAAGGAAGGAGAGCUCGCGGACGUGCCCCUACUACAAGCAUCUUGAUUCCUUGUACAGCAGCCAAGGGAGUGACCACAGCUGCCGGGAGAAUCAAUACGCUGGGGAAGCGACGGCGGCGGUGGUGGGUCCGGCGCUCGACGGCGCUGUGGAUCCAGCUAACGAGGAGAGGUAUUUCCCGUUUCUCGUCGAUGGGUCGACCCUGUGGGAGGGGAGCGUCCUCGACGGUGGAGCGUGCCGCCGGUGAUUCAUUGAUCCCAAGGAAAAAGCAGAUGAUACGACGGGAAACAGUGUGUUGAGGAUCCGAUCGGCAUUAUUAAUUUGACAAUGGCAAAUAUAUUAUCUGAUAACUACAUCCAAUCAUUCCCUGCUCAUGAUUAGAUCAACGAGUUGACCUUCUUCGGGGGUUGGGCCAAAGGAAAUUUGGGCUGAGCGUCCCUCUCUCUCUCCUACCUCCUCUUCCCCCGAGCCGUUAAGUUUAGUGGCCGCGGCUCCCCGGAAGGGAGGGGGGUCACGCAGAAGGUCUCCGAAAUGGCGAUGCCCACCCUUACAAGAGAACGCAUAUCGGCCGAGUUGAGGUUCCUGCGGGCGAAGGAGACUGCUAGUCGCCAGAGUGUAGCCGUGCACUAGAGCAAGGUCCCAACCAACAGUCUGGGGAAAAAGGAAGCUCGUAAAGAAACCCCGGUAAAAGAGACGAAGAUUGAAGAUCCAAACCCGGAGCAUCAGCACGACCAGCGGCAUCGGAGUACCGUUCGAACCGGGGGAGAGCGUUGUGGCUUAUUAAACAACAAGGGGGACGGGGAGGGAAGGGAGCUCUAAGAACUCGUGUCGGGAAUGCGAAGACCUGGGUUCGCUGUCAUCAAAACGAGAGUCGCCGGACAGAAAAGAAGCACAAAGCGAGAUCAAUAUUUGUAGUCUUUGACGUGAAGGCUCUCGGAGACUGCCUCUCCCAUUGCGGCAUCCCCCUUGUAGGUCCCCAGAGUGGCCGCAGAGUUUGCUUUGCACCUGGACAGGAAGGCGGCCUGUGCCUUAUCAAGGUUCUCCUCCUUUCCAGCCCACGCCUUCAAAGUACUCUGCUGCAGCGCACGACCGAAGGAGAAGGUAAGCGACCAUGGCUUCUUCCCCUCCAACUGGUUCAUCGCAUUGAGGUUCAGCGUGGCCUCCUCCUCGCUCUGCCCACCGGAAAGGAAUACGAUGGCAGGAACAGCCGCCGGAACAGUCCUCUGCAGGGCCCGGACUGUGUACUGCGCUACCACUUCCGGCGCCACCUUCUGUGCCUCCGAGCCAGGGGUGACCAUGUUGGGCUUCAGCAGGGUGCCCUCCAGAAGCACAUGGUGGUCGCUCAGUGCCUUGUAGACGGCGGCAAGGACCUUCUCCGUCACGGCCGCGCAGAUGUCAAUUCCGUGAGACCCAUCGACGAGGAUCUCAGGUUCGACGAUGGGGACGAGGCCGUUCUCCUGGCAGAUGAUGGCGUACCUCGCCAGCCCAUUGGCGUUCUCGCUGAUGGCUAGCUGAGACGGCUCGGUUGGGCCAAUCUUUAGAACGGCCCGCCACUUGGCGAAGCGAGCCCCGGCUUCGUAAUACUUGGCGCAGCGCUUGCCGAGAUCGUCGAGGCCCUGCGUCGUGGUUUCGCCGUCGGUGCCGGCUAGCUCAACCGUGCCCUUGUCGACCUUGAUCCCGGGGAGCACGCCCCCCUCGCUGAGGAUCUUCACGAAAGGUUUCCCACCCGCGGUGUUCUGGUAGAGGGUCUCCUCGAAGAGGAUGACUCCGCUGAGGCAUUCGAACGCUCCCGGUGUGGUGAAGAGGAGCUCGCGGAGGGCCCGCCUAUUGGACUCCACGUUCUCGACGUUGAUGCUGGCCAGCCGCUUGCCGAUCGUCCCAGUCGACUCGUCGGCGGCAAGGAUUCCCUUCCCAGGCGUCCCGAUGUAAGCCGCAUUCUUGAUGAGCUCCUCUGCAAGAACAGACCAACCAUUAUUAUAACAAGCGACACAGGGAAUCUGAUCGCCAGAAUAAUCAAGCAGGAGACUUUUCGGAGCUUGUGCACGGUGGGGGGAGGAGACAACCGAAACCCGAUUUGAAACCCGGAGGGGAAGUGCUUAGCCGCUGCUAGGACUCCGCCGGAGACCCGCAAGCUGCCCUAGACAGGCACACUCAUGGAGUCAACGUGCCGGCGGGCCUGGGCCUUACCUUCCGAGACUCGUCAGAAGGAUGAGUCCCGGCGCCAUAAUGCAGAGUCCACCUCAAAGCGAGGGGGAAGAAGGCCGGCUAGAGAGAGAGAGAGGGGUCGACGGAGAGGACGGGAGAAUGCUCACCAGCGUACUUCCCGCAGUAGGCAGACAUGUUCGCGCGAUUCGGGGCGGGCGGGGAGGCCGAUGCGGCGGAGAACGAUCGCUUCGGACGUGAUGGGCAAGGCCACCCUUUUAUGGACUGACGCGGAGGGCAGAGAGCAUCUAGAGAGAGAGAGGUUUUGGAAGGGAAUCUUUCAGUCAAUCACGUAGCCUGGGAGUGGAUAUUAAUCUGGCAUAUUCAAUUCAAUGAUCACGGGCACCGGCCGGAUAUGAUUUUAGAGGCGUGCGACGUGACGUCACCCUCCGGGGGAAGGGAAGGGGAGGUGCCCGAUGGGGGCCAGGUGUAGCGUGCGGCUGCCCGAGAUUUGUUUACGCGCUCGCCCUCCUGUCGCCGAGUCAUUAGAUCCGCCGAUGGAUCUGUCCAUAAAAAUAUCAUUAUCGGAUCCUCUCGUUUACUACUACUAUAAUAUUUCUCAUUUCUACGAUUACCUAAAGGGCCCCUUUUCAUAAUAUUAUUACGGGAAAUACCUGGAUAAUGGCCUCUGAGAUUAAAUCGCUAGAAAGUAAGAGGUUUCGAGAAAACUCGGGAGAUAUUUGAAUACAUAAAAUCGUCAACGUCUGGGAGUAACUAAAGUCAACGUCAACAACCUCGCCUUCGCGCGUGAUACAUUGCGUUUAUCAUGCACCGCCCCCCCACGCGCCCGACCACUUUGGUCAUGUUUUAUUUAAUUCUAUUAUUUCAGUGGCGUCCCUCUCCCCUCGAACCAUCACCCACAAAUAAUGCAACUAAAAAUAUAAAUAAUAAAUCAAAUAACUCCGCACGUGUGAGACAGAUCGUGGGCUCAGAUCCUCGGGCCCAGAUGUACGAUGGACAUGUUGGGCUGGGCUUCCACGAGGCCCACUCGUUAUAUGGUCCACGAGCGAGCGAGGGAGGCAUGGAAGAGGAGACUGUUGACUUAAAAUUUUUCGUCAGUCAUUUGACUAAUUCUCACCGUGCCGUAAGAAGUCCCUCUAAUCGAUUGAGUGGGCCCCUUUUGUUCUCGCUCUUUGUGACUUGUCGGGCCUCCUUUGUUUGGGCCCGACUCCACGUAACGUACUAUGACCGGACCUUUCAUGAACGGCCGCCCACUGCUCCGCCAAGUGGCGACUCCGUUCUCUCUCUCUCUCUCUCUCUCUCUCACGCUGUAACAGGGUGUAGAGGAAGGGAGGCGACGGCCCGCUGAAACGUUGACUGUGCUCUCAGCUGUGGGGGGCGUCAUUUUCUUUAUUCAACUCGAAUCUUCGCGUUGGUCGAUAUAUCGAUCGCACAGACUGUCCAAUAAAUGCAGCCAGAUGAAUCGUCCGAUGCCUCUGCUACGUUGAGCCCAACAUGCACGCCGGGCAUAAUUAUUUCCCUAUUAUAUGUACACUCAAGACAUACACACACACACACACAUAUAUAUAUGCACAGCGAGAGAGAGAGAGAGAGAAAGAGAGAGAGAGAGAGAGAGAGAGGGCGGCGCCACAUCAAUGCCGUCCUUACAGGGACCACGGCAGUCUGGGCAUUGUUCAUGCCAUGCCGUCGUUGGCCAUUGGAAUUUGACUCCAUUAUCGAAUGCCGCAGCGUUGACUGUCCCCUGUAGACGAGUAAAUGAGUAAAUUGACCCCUCGGAGGGAGAGGUCCUCAAGUGAAAGAAGCACACGUAGAGCACGUCCUAACCUGCCAGUCGAAUCCGAGCUUCCGCCGGUGGUGUGGUGAAAGCCACUGAUGAGGCCCAUCCGCAACCAGCGCAGCGGCGCUAGGAGUGGCUCGGUUUUGGGCCGAGUUCCGAUGACAGCAUUUGCCAGUGGGUCAACGGACAAUUACUACCUCCUCCAGAUUCAUCAGAGGUGGCGACGGCAUCAGAUAUCCACAUGUCUCUGCGGAGCACUGGAAGCGGGAAUUAAACUCCCCCCCCGGGAAGUAUUUAAUUGCGAGAGGACACGAGAGGCGGAGCACAUGGAACGAGGUCCUGGCCCAACUUCAUACGGCGGAUAUACGCGAGGUCCAAGGGAAUCGAACGUCGUCAAUCGAGACCGUGAAGGGUACACUGCACUCGCGCUGCACCCUCGCUGCACCCUCGCCUCUCUCUCUAUCUCGGUCCGUACAUUGCGGAGUCCUCCGCAUGUACCCAGACCAGCGCCGCCGGCCUUUGGUCCUCGUAAGUUUACGAACAAGGGACGAGUUUUUUUUUGCACUAGGAACGCACGAGGCAGCGAGAGUACGGAGCUGGGCCCAUUUUUUGUUUAUUGGCCUUGACAAAGUCAAAUAUCGGAAGCAGCGUUCGAUCAAAGCGGGCCUUCAGCGGAGAUCAUCCUGAUUACGGCUGGAAGGCAACUGUGUCAUUGUCGGAUGCCGAAGCAUGUCCAGGGAAGGUUCACGCGCCCCCAUGGUACACGACGGAUAUAGGCAAGGCCCAAGAAGGCCGUCUCCUCUCGCUCCUCUUGCAUUGAUAGAUCAGAUAACAUGUUCACCAAGGGGGGUCAUCCAUUCGGGAUGUGAAUAAAUUCGUGGGUGUGGGAGAUGGGACCCUCGGUGAGCAUGCUAACUGAACCAUUAAUGAAGGAGGAGCUAUCGGAGGCAGCUCACUCCCUCACACAUCCAUUCCUCUGAGCCCCCUUCGGGUCGUUUAUGAGCAAUAACUGUGUCCACAUGCUGUCCCCUCUUCUUCUUCUUCCUUCCGUCGCCGGUUCUAUUAACAGGAGACCGUAAAGUAGAGAAGGCAUGGUGGGAGGGAGGAAUCUGUCUGGAUCGGAGAAAACACGCCAGUUACUGGCUCCGACCAUGUCCGCAGAUCAACGCGAUGACUGUCUGGGGAUGGUGCCAUCUUCAUUGCCAGGGAAACAAAUCAAGGUGCCUCGAAUGGGGAUGGCGGCGGGGAGUUGACCUUGCGGGUCUGCUCCGACACUAUCGAGUUCAGGAGUGCGGGAAAAAGACAAGGGAAAAUAAUAAUAAGAGAUACACAAACUCGAGCGCUGUAGCCCAACGGCGGGUUCCUCUGCACUGGUCUUCCAAGGUAUACGUGUCGGUGCUCGCCAAGUUCCAACCUUCAACAGGCGAUCAAGUUCCUCCCAAUACUAACUGCGUUAACCCGAGACUUGAUCUGAGAUCGACUCCUAACCACGUCACGUGGCCAAGUGUUUUUCUUCUUCUUCUUUAUCAUUCUUAAUAGUAUUCAUUUUCUUUUGAUUAUUACCAAUAACGUCAUUAUUAAUUCAGAGAGAGAAAGAGAGAAAGAGAGAGAGAGAGAGAGAGAGAGAGAGAGAGAGAGAGAGAGAGAGAGGAAGCGAAGUUUUUUGUGUGCACGAAGAAUUGGAAUGCCAGGAAAAGUUGGGAUUCCAAUAGGUGCUCGGCGAGCGGUAGCGCCAUCUUUAUGGCUAUUAAAACCUCUACUGUUCAUGGGUGGGGAAAAUGAUUUUCAUGCAUGUUCUUCCACAGUUCAGAGUCAAUAUUAACAAUAACGAUAAAAAUAAUAAUCUAUAUUACAGUUAGUGGGUCGGACCAUAUGUGCACAGAUUGAGAUUGAGAUUGAGAUUGAGCGAGCAAGAGAGAGAGAGAGAGAGAGAGAGAGAGAGAGAGAGAGAAUCGCUGAUUAUCAAAGGUUAUGAAAUCCCCGUCUCGACAAUCCAUAUUACAGAAUGUAUCUCCCGGGAUCCCGGAAUUAACUGAGAACCAUCCGGUUCUUCACAUCAGCAUUCCAUACAGAAACGAACGAACUCCCUCUCCCUCCUCGUCCCCUCCGACACAGAGAGGAGAGGAGGCCGACAAGUGAAAAUGGAACCAAAGAAGAAGAACACCGCCUCUAUAAUUCCUGUCAGAGAUGCCUCACAACCCCUUCUCAGGGAUUUCUGAAGGCGUAGAUCAAGAGGGAGAAUCCAGACUUACCUCCUCCCUGCUCCUUGUCCACCGUCUCCUCCUCCAGCAGCCACGGCCGGCUCUCCAACGCGCUCCUGGCGCGGAACAUGAAGGCAGCCCGGCUCGACGUCUCGCUGAACCACCAGUCAUGAACGUCCCACAUCAUGUCUACCGGCGACCCGUCGACGAAGAUGGUGUGGUUCCCUCUGAAGUUCCACCUAAGCCUCCUCACAUGAACCACCUUCUUCUUGUCGAUGCAGACGAACAGUUCCGAAUCCUUGGUGUCGCGGCCGUCUCCCAUACACUUGAUUAGGAUCUCAUGGUCCCGGCCUUCAUCGCCGAAGCGGGCUUUGGUAAGGUAGAGGGUGCCGCCGACGACUUGCUCCCUUCGGCUUAUCAGACGGAAUUCGGCCGCUGGUCUGGUUUCCUCCAGCUUCUUGAUGUGGGGUGCCCUCGUGUCCCCCAAUAAGAGCCCCAAUUCGGAAUUCACUAUCAUCACAACGUAGAAGCCCUCGACAGGCUCGGAUCCGGAGACAUACUUAGCUGAGGAUAUGUCCCAGUGGAGCUCCACAAGGGUGUCACCGUACAAGUGCGAUCGGCUCCCCUUCUUCUUCCUCACAAGAAGAGAAUUGCCAGCGCUCGCCGUUGGUGUGGGGUGGUGAUGAGAUGGGUAGUCCUCCACGCCAACGGAGAAGCCUUGCCCAAUUAGGCUCUUGGACCACGCCACCUUUACCAGGAGCUCCUUCUGAGUGGACAGCUUGACCCUGUAGAAGCAGGCGACGGACCUCUGCACCGAUGGGUCUUUGGCGGAGACGACGCUGCCACUUCCAGAGCAAGAUGAAUCCGAAAUACUGACGGCAUGUUCGUUGUAACAGGAAGCGAAGUCCCUCAUUGGCAUGGACAGCAAUCGAAUCAGGGGAGGAAGAAGAAGAAGGAGAUGAUGAUGAUGAUGAUGAUGAUGAUGAUGAUGAUGACGACGACGACGACGAACAAGAAGAGACUAAACUGGAUGUGUUCCGAUCGGCACAAACUAUCUUCCUCGUCCUGCUUCCAAAACACCCCUCCCACCCCAACCCAAAAUUAGGCAAUUGGCGACGAGGAAGACCGUCGUGCGAGGAGAGGAGAGAGAAAGCACUUGAUGAUUGGGCGGGGCGAGAUGAAGGCAGCGAGAAGAAAAGGAUCGACACUUUGGGGUUUCUUCCUCCUACUCUUAUUCCUUCUCCCCCUUUCCCCUCUCGCCCCUAG